GGUAUAAAAGCUGCGGCGGGACGCGGAGGAAAGCGUGCAGUUGUUUUUGAGCCGAGACAGUCGCAACAGUAGCCAUGACCAUGGGCAAGAUCAUCUUCUACGAGGACAGGAACUUCCAGGGUCGUUCCUAUGAGACCAGCAGCGACUGCGCUGACAUGUCCUCCUACCUGAGCAGGUGUCACUCCUGCAGGGUGGAGAGCGGCUGCUUCAUGGUCUACGACCGCACCAACUACAUGGGAAACCAGUACUUUGUGAGGCGCGGCGAGUACUCCGACUACCAGCGUAUGGGCAUGAGUGACUGCAUCAGGUCCUGCCGCAUGAUCCCCAUGCACAGAGGACAGUUCAGGAUGAGGAUCUACGAGAGAGAGAACUUCGGCGGUCAGAUGCACGAGAUGAUGGACGACUGCGACAACAUGAUGGACCGCUACCGCAUGUCCGACUGCCAGUCCUGCAACGUGAUGGACGGCCACUGGCUGAUGUACGAGCAGCCCCAAUACAGAGGCAGGAUGAUGUACAUGAGACCUGGCGAGUACAGGAGCUUCAGGGACAUGGGCUGGAGCGGCAUGAAGUUCAUGAGCAUGAAGCGCAUCAUGGACUCCUGUUAUUAGAGCAUCAGUGAAUAAAAGUCAUUAAGAUUUUAAA